AUGGUGAUCAAUGAAGGGGAGGAGAAGGAAGUUGAGGACAAAGAUAAUCAUCAAGUUGAGUAUAACGAUGAGGAUCAGGCUGCCUUCUCAGAUGAUCCUAAGUUUGAAGUAAAUCUGGAUAGUGAGAAUUUUUUUUUUAAUGACCACAUUGCUUCCAUUAAGACACAACGUGAUGAUAAUUUUGAGAAUGCCAAUGAUUGCUUUAAGGAUGAUGACAUUAAAAAUGCAGAUGGUUUCGAUGAUUAUAAGGAGAAAGUUAGGGAGGAUGAUCAAAGAGACGAUGACCAGACUAAGGCUUCUAAUGGUUCAGAACAAAAGGAACAUGAUGUUGGUUCUGAGGGGCAAGCUGAUGCUAGUUUAAAGGAUGAGGGGCAAGAUGUUGGUUCGGAGAAAGAGGAGCAAGAUGCUGCUGGUUCAGAAAAGGAGGAAGAUGAUGCUGGUUCGGACGGGGAAGAUGGUGGAGAGGAUUCCGGUGAAGAUGGAGCUAAUGAGAAUGACCAUGGUAUGGUAAUCAAAGAAGGGGAAGAGAAGGAAGCUGAAGACAAUGAUGAUCAUCAAGUUGAGGAUAAUGAUGAGGAUAAAACUGCUUCCUCAGAUGAUUCUGGGGAGGAGAAGGAAACUGAAGACAAUGAUGAUCAUCAAGUUGAGGAUAAUGAUGAGGAUCAGGCUGCCUCCUUAGAUGAUCCUAUUUCCAUUAAAACACAACGCGAUGAUGACUAUGAGAAUGCCAAUGAUGGCUUUAAGGAUGAUGACGUUGAAAAUGCAGAUGAUUUCGAUGAUUAUGAGGAGGAAGUUGGGGAGAAUGAUCAAAGAAGGGUUGCUAGUUUUGAGGGGCAAGAUGAUGGUGGUUUAGAGGAUGAGGGGCAACAUGUUGUUGGUUCGAAGAAGGAGGAGCAAGAUGUUGCUGGUUCAGAAAAGGAGUAA